UCUUGACAAUAAGUGUCUAAAAUUUUCCACUGUAGAUUCACCAAAAUUGGUGGGUCGCGUUUUUCCAUCCCUUUGGCCGUUUUUCCCAUUUGCCUAGGUGGACGAAAAAUUCUCUCAUGCUGUCAGGUUCUAUUCAGGUUAGGGUUUAUUUGGGAAAGGGUUUUUGUUUUUCUGUCGUAUUUGCGUUUAGUGUGGGCGCCAAUCUUAGUUAUUCUCCUUUAGGGUUUCAUCUUUUCAAUUCAAUUAUUGAUGAGUUCAAUUAUUUUCCCCCUUUAUCCGUAAAAUUCCUGGGUUUUUGAAUUUCAAAUCUAAUCAUUGUUUGGGUAUAAAUAUGUGUUGUGUGUACACCUCUAAUCAUCAAAAUCUCUAUCUCACCUGAAAUACAACCCGAUUUAAUCAUUAUGGCCAAAGUUUGUAAGAAGUUUGACAGUGUUUCUGAGAUUUUACCAAACAAGGAUUGUGUUCGAAUCAAGGUGCGUGUUCUUCGUAUCUGGAAGACGUCUUCGUUCCUUAAUCCUUCUGAAGUCAAUUCAAUUGAGAUGGUUUUGGUUGAUGAAAAGGGUGGAAAGAUUCAUGCCUCUAUUAGGAAGCAGUUUUUAUAUAUGUUUGAGUCUAAAAUUGAAGAAGGACAAGUGUAUCAGAUGUCCUAUUUUUCUGUUGUUCCUCAGACUGGUUUCUACAGAACUACUCUACAUCCAUACAAGCUAUUAUUCCAAAUUAAGACAAAGGUUGUUGCUGUUAAGAGCUCUGAUAUAUCUCAUCAUGGUCUCACAUUGACAAGUUUUGCUGAAGUUUGUAGUCAUGUCCAUGAUUAUGAAUUUUUAGUUGAUGUUAUGGGUUUGUUAUCUGGAAUUUCUGCUGAGAGGGAAUAUGUUAGGGAUGGAAAUGUUACAAAGAUGGUUGUGUUGGAGUUGACUGAUACUAGUGGGAAAUGUGAAUGUGCUUUGUUUGGGGAUUAUGUUGAUGAGUUAAACAAGAAACUGGGCAAGACAUCUGGUGGUCUCCCUGUGGUCGUAAUUCAGUUUGCAAAGGUUAAGAUAUUUAGAGACCAAGCAUCCAUUCAAAAUGUCAUCAACACUACAAAGAUUUUUGUGAAUCCUGAUAUCCCUGAAGCUGAUGCAUUUAAGGAUAGCAUUGGUGUGCAUGGUAUUAUGUUGGAUGCCACUGUUUCUGUGAUUGGGCCUCGUGCCAAACCUGCUAUGGAUGAAGAAUUUCUGAGGAUGUAUCCAAAAAAAACUGUAUCUGAACUAAGUGAAAUGGAAGAGGAAGGGGUUUUUGCUGUUUUUGGGGUGGUUAGUUCUAUUGUUCGUGGGGAGGAUUGGUGGUAUCCUGCAUGCAAGUGUCAUAAGUCUGUUAUUGCUGAUUCUGGGGCUUACUUUUGCAAUGGAUGCAACAAGCAUGUUUUUCAAGUUGUUCCAAGGUUUAGGGUGAAGAUUGCUGUGUCUGAUGGUGCUUCUACUUGUGUGUUUGUUCUAUUUGAUACUGAUAUGAGUUACAUUUUAGAGAAAUCUUGUGCUCAUUUUGUCGGAAGAUCCAAGGCUGCUCCUGAUGAUGGUUCAUACCCUGCUGAGUUUGAGCUUCUCGUCGGUAAGAAGAUGUUGUUCAUAAUUGAUAAGGGAAUGAAGGUUACUAGGAUUGAUGAUGGAACUUUUAGAGUGAAGCGUGUGUGUAUGGAUGCUAAGAUUAUUGGGAGUUUUGCUGCUGAGGGACCAUAUGUCACUCCUGUUAGGAAUGUUUCUCCAGUCAUUAAUCUUGAUUCUGAUGCUGCAUCUCCUGAUGUUGAUUUUGUUGAAGAAACCCAGCCACUUGCACUCUUGAAAAACACUGCUGUGACACCUCCUGGUCUAGGUUAUAGUCCAGUGAAAAAUGACAUUGUGGUGAACACUGUGAAAAGGAGCCUCUCCAGUUCUUUUGAUAGUGUUCAACCAGAUGAAAAGAAGAAGCGUCUAAGGAAGAUCAAGAUCGAGAAUGAAUGAAUGUUGAUCUUAUUUCAUCUGUUGUUGCUCCAUCAUUGACAUUGUAAUCCAUGUGUUUUGUGUUCAUCCCAUUAUAUUGUUAGUCUUUUGUUGUGUUCUUUCCAAGGGCUUUUGAUAAGUGUUAGAUCUUAUUUGCCCAAUGUAGUUUCUAUGUUAUUUUGGUGCUAUAGUAGCCUCUUGUAUUUUAAUGAAGAAGUGGGAUUGCUGUAUGUUGGAAUGUUGGAAUCUAUGUACAUUAAAUGGUGGAAGUUUUAUAUGUGAAUGUGAAUUGCUGUUCA